AUGAAGAUGAAGAUGAGGAUGACAUGGAAGCUCUCUUGGCUGAGCUUGGUCAGAUAAAAAAAGAAAGGGCAGAUGAAAAAAUGAGAAAAGAACGGCAACAACUAGAAGAAGAUCUCAAAGCCAAGGAAGCAGAACUCUUAAGAGGAAAUCCUCUCAUAAACCAGCCAACAUCCUUUAAUGUGAAGAGAAGGUGGGACGAUGAUGUGGUCUUCAAGAACCAGACUAGGGGAGAAACAAAAGCUCAGAAGCGCUUUAUCAAUGACACCAUUCGGAAUGACUUCCAUCGCAAGUUUCUGCACAAAUAUAUGAAAUGAUAUCACAGAUUCCAUGCUUGUACAAUCCUCUUUGUUUAAAUGAAUGUGAUUAAUUCGCAAUUUGAGCUUGCCAAGGACAUGUCAUCACUAGUUUACUAUUAUGGGGUAGUCUAAAUGGGGAAAAGAAUUACUUUAAAUAAACAUUUACGCA